AACAUGAUUCCUCUCCUCGGGAAAACAGUGGAGUUGGUUUCAUCGUGCGAGCGUUUCUUAGUUUUAUUGAACGAUCCUUUUAUAAAUUGCUUUUUGUAUCGAUAUUAUUACAAUUAUUACAAUGUGUACGCUAAUGCGAAAUCAAGUGAAUGUUAUGUGAUAAUGUGAUGUGGUUAAACUAUUGAAAUGGAGAUAAAUGCUAAUCAGAAGGUGUCUUGCAUAGUGAACUACUCGUAUGAUGCAUCAGAGCCUGAUGAGCUGACGAUCAGACCUGGUGAUGUGCUCCGAGACGUGGAAAGACUCCCUGGGGGCUGGUGGCGUGGUGAGCUCAGAGGCAGGCGGGGCAUGUUCCCGGAUAACUUUGUGUCUGUGCUGUCAGACCAUGCUAAUAACAGGUCUGGAGAGGUCCAGGGUCGGUGCCGAGCGCUGUUCAGCUACCAGCCGGCGAAUCCCGACGAGCUUCCUCUGUGUGUCGGCGACGUGCUCGAAGUACUUGCUGAGGUUGAAGAGGGCUGGUGGCAAGGUCGUCGGCAGGGUCGAAUUGGCGUGUUCCCCUCGAACUUCGUCGAGAUGCUGGACUCACCGCAGCCCCAGCCGCCGUUUGAGCCUGCGCCGGCGCUGCCACCAAAACCUUUUAAGGAGCUAUGUCGAGUGCUGUUCCCAUACAGUGCAGUGAACGAAGACGAGCUGACACUAGCCGAGGGCGACAUAGUGACGAUAAUAUCGAAAGAUGCCCCAGACAGGGGAUGGUGGCGGGGGGAGAUCAACGGGAGAGUGGGCCUGUUUCCUGAUAACUUUGUACAGUUGCUGCCGCCUAAAGUGAAAACAGACACAGAAGAAAAGAAACCGGAUCGGCCUCCGUCGAAAACCCCAAAUGUGUACCCCAUUCUAAAUAAGUACUCUGAGAAUACUGCUUCUAUUAAGGAACUCACUACGUCUAGGAUAAGCAUGCACAAAGAAAAUACGGUCAGCAAAGAGAGCAGCACACAAAGUACAGUCACGCACACAAACAAGAGUGAGUCUGAGAAAACGGUUCACAGUGAAACCACCCCAGAUGGGACGCUAGAUGGACAGAUAAAGAAACCACCAGUGCCAUUGAAGAAGAGUCCAACGUUAUCGUCAGGUGUAGGCGGCCUGUUCAGCGGGCUCAAGAGCAAAAUGCUUGCAACCACAGAGAGAGAGAAGGCGACGGCGCCGGGCGGCGGCGGCGGCGGCGGCGGCGGCGGUAGCGGCAGCAGCAGCGGCAGCGGCGGCGAGCUGGACCGCGCGGACGGGCCGGCGGGCAGCAAGGCGGGCGCCAGCUUCGACCACGUGGAGCGCGGCUCCUUGCUGCACGACCCUCGCGCUCGGAGAGUGAAGGCGCCGCGUCGCAGGCCUCCCAGCCAAUCUCUACGGGACGACACGCCGCAACAAAUAGGAUUAAGUAAUGGACAUGAAGUGGCCCCCGAAAAGCCUGCCCCCUCGAAGGCGGAGGAGAUCAAGCCGCGCGCGCGCGAGUGGGAGAAGCACAAGGCGCCGUGGAUGGAGGAGCUGAAGCUGAACCAGGCCCGGAAGACCGGUGCCGGCGCCGGCAGCACUGACAGAUUAUUGGAAUGUGGUUUAGAAGAGAAGAAAUCGUCAAGUCAUUCAAUGGAGAUGUCCAAGAGUACCUCGUCUAUAAGCAGCAAAAUGUCUAUUAUGGAAAGUUUCGAAGAGAGCAAAGUCCGUCACUCGCUGGACUCGAAGAAGGACACCUGCGGGCCGCGGGAUGAGCCUUCGCGCGCCUCCGCCGGCCCCCACCUGCCCGCCGCGGCCCCCGCACCCCCCGCGCCCUCGCCGACGGCCGCCGGGAGGACUCUAGCUGCGAUGUUGGACGAAAUAAAAAAGCCGCUAGCGCCCCAGCCGCCCUCCGCAUCAGUUCGGACCACGGGCGAAUACGCAGACAAAUCGACUAAAGAAAAUUCUACCAAGACUGUACAUUCCACGGAGAAAUACAGCGAAAUGAACUCUAUUUCCAAAACCACAAGCGUUAUCGAAUCGAGUCCUUUCAAAAGCGAAGUCGUGGAGAAGGGGGAAGAAAGAAAAACGCCGGAAAGGACAAUUUUGAAUGAUAAAAAAACGCCCGAAAGGACCGUUUUGAAUGAUAAAAGUGCUUCGGCGACCCUGGAGAGGUCGAAGCCUAAAACUGAAAAGGCCGAGGGAUCGGAGGCGUUGAUCGCUCAACUUAAUAAUAGGAUAACAAACCUCGAGAAGCUUAUAGAAGUACAAAACUCAAUGUUCAACGCGGCCAUAGACGAGCUAAACGCCAAGCUAAAGACCGAAACUGAGAAGCGGCUGGCACUACAGUCGGAAAUCGAGAAGCUGGCGCACUGCGUCACGCAAGUGUAGCCUAUAAUGCUAUAGAGUCAAUACCGCGUGGCAACUUCUUUAGAGAAUAUUCCAGCUAUGUACAUUUUUAAUUAUGUUUAUGACGCAUUAUAUGAAUGCAUAGUAUAUUACCCCAAAAGAAAGAUUUUAUGAGAUGUAUUUUGUUAUUAUUGCUCCAACUUUGGAAGUCAUAUUUGGCGUGUGAUAAACCCCUUAUUGAUUGUAUCAAGGUGAACGUCAUUGAGUGUGUUAUUGCGUUGGAGUAUAGCUGCAUAAUAUAACAAAUAGUUAUAACAAAACUAAACAAUUAAAAAACAGUGUCCUACAAGUUCGUUUCGGCUUUUUUGAACUUUCGGAUUUAUGUAAAUAGAUACGUUUCAACUUGCAUUUGUAUCAUUAUAUCCUAAUUUAAUGUGUAAUUUUUUUAAAAUCCAUCCCGCCAUCACUAUUGAGUUGCUUUAUAUGUGCUCAAGUGUGAGAUACAGAGAUUAAAACAGAAAUGGUUUAUGCCCGGGCGAAAACCUUUAUUCUUGGUUUAUGCCGGGUGUAAACCCAUGUCUGGUGCUAAACAUUGUUUGAUGAUAGCGCAUUUAUCUCUUCGUCUAUUAUAAAGGGAAGAAAGUUUAUCUCUUAUUUAUCACAUGUACAACGACCAUGAUUUGAUUGAGCACGUGAGCUAAUGUAAUUAUUAUUUAAUUUGUAAUUUUAAAAAUAAACUAAACGUUAAAUUAAAAUCUUUGUGUAUCCGGAAAUUAAAAAGAACCAGUCAAAGAAAAGACCGGUGGGUGGGUACUUAAACAGAGAAGGGAAUAUACAUUAUCGGAGGAUAGGUUAGUAUAUUCGUGAAAAAGAAAGAGAGAUCUUUCUGUUUCAUAUUUAAAUUAAAGACAUGCUAGUUUAGCUCAUGGGUCUCAAUUAAGUCAAUAUUUUGAUAAGUUUUGUGAUUAUCAUGUAAUUUACACUGUACAUACUUUUAUAGCCAUUUUAACUUUUUGAUUAGGCUGUCGAUGUCAUAAAGUAAUAUAGAGUACCUACGUAUAAUUUUGGUUUUUCAGAUCUACACUGAGCGGGAUUGUUUUUAAUACUUAUGACUACCACUUGGUAGUGUGAUAUUUAUUGUUAAAAUAUGGUGGUAAAUGACCAAUUCUUCACACAAAUGACCAAUUCUUCACACCUAUGUUAAGAUUAUCUCAAUAUCAAGUUUCACAAUUAUAAUUGUUUUGAAAGGAAAAAUUGAAUACAAAUAGCAUAUUGAUUUGAACUUAAAAAAUAAAUUGUAAUGCAGAGGUAGUAAUUGUUACUGCAGUAUAUUUCUGUCCUUUCGCAGGUACCAAGUGGUAGUCUUGUGAAUUCUUCGUAUCUCAAAGGUUAUUUUGUAAUUUGUAUCAUAAUGCUUAAUUGUAUAAGAUUUAUAGAUAAGACAUAAUAGUUGUGUAUAAUAAUAAAAUUUGUGCCAUUUCGUUUCGCCGCACAUUAUUAAUUGUACUAUAAUUCAGGGAUGUAUUUUAUAAAAAAGGUAGACGUAAUUCGAAGUUCCGUUAAUUUAUUGUGAUUGACACAUUCCAUAAUCGCAUAAAGUAUUAAUAAAUCGAUUUUAUAUACAAAAUUUAUAUGUUUAAUAUUAUUGGAUUAUAUUUAACCAAAGUUUGCUUUUGGUGAGUAUGCUGUAUUGAUAUCUACGUUGUAUAGUAUUACAAUGUAUAUUUACUUAAAUCAAGAGCCAUAUUUUACCUACAGUUAAUAUAUUUUUGUAUUUGUACAGAAAUUGUUUGUUAUUUAAAUAACGCUGUACCUUUUUGUAAUACAUAUCUAUUAUAUUGAUUUGUAUUGAAUCAGUCAAAUUGAAAACCACCUUGUAUAGUUAGAUAUCGUAGUUAAAUUUCACUAAUAAAUAAUUAAUUUGUGACCAUUAUAAUCUGGUUGUGUUUUGCCAUCCAAUAUUUUGAAAUAAUCGAAAUUUACAAAAUAUUUUACUGCAAACGCCCUAGGUGUGGGUUAUUUUGGUAUACUUUGUUCUGAGCGAUACCGAAACAAAUAAUAUAAUAAAAAAUUCGUUCAUAUUCGAAUAAUAAACAAAAAAGUCAGUCUUUUCUGUAUGGCUCAUAAUGAAACGAAAAGUGAAUUUUCCUACAAUUCACGUGAAGUUAAAUGUUGACCCAAAAUUCACCUUGGAAGCCUACUUGCUAUGCCAACUUCCAGACAAAUUGUAAAAAUUGGGCUUUGUGUAAAUAUAUAGCUGUCCCUUUCACACACAGAUGUGUAAAAUAUGCAGUGCGCUCAUUGGUUGCUGUGUGACCACUGUGCAACGCGUGGUCAUAGCGCUUAUUCAGUCUAUCUAUUCGUCUAUCAUUUGCAGACGUAAUAGACAACGAACUAUUAUAACAUGAACUAGUAACACGCGACAAUAAAUACAGAAUCCAGCCGCGUAGGCGUGUCGUAAAUGGUCCGCCGCGAAUCACGCCAGUUCACCAUUGCUCCUCGAGAUGAACAGUUUAACGAAAUUUUCGAAUGUGCAAUAUUAGUAUGAGUAAUUGCGUCUUUGAAUUGAAAAAAAAAGCUAUCGUGUAUUAAGCCAAAGAAUAUAUAAGAAAACUGAAAUUACUUUUCUUUUGCAAGUAAAUGAAAAUUGUCAAAGUAUCAGAUAAAAUAGCGAUCAAGUAUUUCCCGACGAGAGAAUUUGAGAAUCUCGUUAUGCUGUUUACUCGUUUGUGCUUCUUGUGCAUUUAUAGUAUCGAGUUCUUCCAUUUAUAAUAAUUUGUUGGUGAUAGGUUAAAUACUCGCUAUGACUGAGCGUCACGCGGCAAACGACUUAAACCGAUUCUUUAAUGUAGAUUCUGGAAGAUGGUGUAGUAUUAAUGAUAUUAAGUAAGUAAAUCUUAAACUAAAUAUAUACUAGAAUUCGUAGGUUUAGCUUACAAUGUGAUAGACGCUGCCUAACAUAAUAAUUAUGAAUUCUAAACUUUUUCAUUAUUCGUUAAAUCGAAUUGCUUUAAAUCAUGCACAAAGUAAGGUCACACAUUUUAAUAUUUAUUACGGAAUGCAUAUUAAUUGAGUAAUGCUUUUUUGAUAUUAAAAAGUAAAUCAUAGUAAUUAACAAUUUAUGAAAAUGUGGUAUAUUUAAUGUGAAGAAAUUAAAAUAAAACAAUGAUGCAUUGUUAAAAUGAAUUUUGAUUUGUUCCUUUAAAUAAAUAUUUUAAUUUUAAAAUAAUAUAAAUGCUGCGAACAAUUCUUAAAACACAGCAACAAACAGGUAAUUAAAUCAUGUAUAAGUAAAAAUAAUAAUAAUCAGUUUUCAACAGGAGAUGGUCCCGUUAAAUUUGUAACUUGGCACGAUUUGCUAUCGGACAAGGUAAAUAUAGGGCUUAAUAUAUACUUAUGUGAUAUAGAUACCCCGGCAGCUGUUAAGCUAAACUGAAUUGCAUUUACUAACGAAUUUCAUUAAAUAUGUACCCUCUUAUUCAUAAAAAAGGUAUAUAUAUGUUAUAUAAACUAGAAGCAUGCAAUUUGCAGGUAUGUAAUUUGUCCCUUUUUGUCAAUUUCAAAUAUAUAAAGUGCGUUAGUGACAAAACAUACUUUAGCUUAAAAGUAAUUAAAAUAAAUUGAUACGUACAUAAUUAAUGAAUUAAAAAUUCAUACAAAUCUUAUUUUUCAUUUUAAAGGAGAUCACUAUUUCUAAAGUCUCACCAAUUUGAUCGUAGUAAUUCAGUAAUGCCAUCUUUUUUAACGAUUUCGGAUAUACUGUAUUUCUUUCUUUCUCCUGAGUAAAUAUUUUUAAAUGGUGCCAAUAGUUUCGUAUAAAAAAUCUCCAACGCUGUUUGGUUUUUAUAAAUUUUAUAUAUUUCCAUGCUAGACUUGUAUGUACCAGACUGACCACAGUUACGUUAAUGUUUUAGAAAGCUGCUAUGACACAGUACGAAGUAAUUAAAUUUCAAUUCGACUGAAUUAAUAGCACACAAUAGAAUUAUUGUGUGCUAUUAAUUCAGUCGAAAUAUAUUCAUUCUGUAGAGUGCUAUUAUAUAUACUUAUAAAUUGUUUGCUUCCCAAAUCUAACAAGUUUAAUAUUGCAGUUAUGAGUAUAUUUUGUACAUAACUCGAAGCCUAAAUGUAUAUAAUAUUGGAGGGAAGUACAUAUUAAAUGAAAUGGUUUAUAUGAUAAACCAUAGCUUAUAAUUAUAAGACCUGACCGACAUACACGUAACUUUUUUCUUUACAUUCCUCCAAAAUUAACAGUUCAGAAUUCAUCAUUGUGAAUUACGAAUAAACAAUAAAUAAAUUUAUGGAUAUAACAAGUUUGUUUUAAUUUUAAAAUACAGUGAGAACAUUUAUAUAUUUUGUGACAAUUUUGAUACUUGACAUAUAGGCGAAUGUGGUAAAGUACAUUUGAAAAAAAAAAGAAGAAAA